CUCCAAUCUUUACUUAGCAUAAAAGAAAACGACAAGAAAAACCUAUCACUGUCCCAUACUCUCUCUCUCUCUCUCUCUCUCUCUCUCUCUCUCUCUAGGAUGGGUAGAUCACCAUGCUGUGAGAAGGUGGGGUUGAAGAAAGGGCCUUGGACACCUGAAGAAGACCACAAGCUCUUGGCUUACAUUGAACAAUAUGGUCACGGAAGCUGGCGGGCUCUCCCCGCAAAAGCUGGACUUCAGAGAUGCGGAAAGAGUUGCAGAUUGAGGUGGACAAAUUAUCUGAGACCCGAUAUCAAGAGAGGCAAGUUCAGCUUGCAGGAAGAACAGUCCAUCAUCCAACUCCAUGCUCUUCUCGGAAACAGAUGGUCAGUCAUAGCAGCUCACUUACCGAAGAGAACCGAUAACGAGAUCAAGAACCACUGGAACACACACCUCAAAAAGAGGUUAACCAAAUUGGGAAUCGAUCCAGUGACUCAUAAGCCGAAGAGCCAUGCCCUCGGUCCCGACCAGUUGAAGGACGCCGCCAACCUCAACCACAUGGCUCAGUGGGAGGGUGCACGGCUUGAAGCCGAAGCCCGACUCGUUCGGGAGUCCAAGCUACAAGGCCCCAAUCCUUUUCAAACACAACUUGGCUCCUCGGGUUCAGCUCAGCUCAUUUACGAAGCAACAACUACAGCACCACUGCCGCUUCAACCACUAUGUCUGGAUGUUCUAACAGCUUGGCAGGGAUCAUGGCUAAAAGCACCAAAAUAUAAUGACUUUGCGGCCCGUACCUUUGCCGCCACUAGCAGCUCUCUUGACUCUCUUACAUCUGUGUUCGACUUCUCCAAAAAAGGUGAAGCCUGCAUGAUUAUGAACGCAGGGGCUGACUUGGAAAUAACAAAUGAUUUUCAGGAUCCAAAGGAAAGAAUGGACAUUGAACUAUUGCAGCUUCAGGGCUUGGGAUAUUCCACAGAUCAUGAUGACUACUCUAUGGCUACAGGAAAUGAAAGCAUCCUGCUUCCAAAUUUUACGGAAGCAGCAGGGCUUGGCGAUAUGUGGUUCGACAGUUCUAAUCAACUGUACCCGUCCAUCGCCGGCGAAAACUCCGGGAUGGUCACCGGAACUUGCUGUGGCAAUCUCGAAGAGAACAAGAAUUACUGGGACAGCAUCUUGAAUUUGGUGAAUUGUUCGCCAUCGGGUUCGCCGGUGUUUUGAACAAGACAGGAUUCUCCGUACUAACUUCUUGUACGACACGAUAAGAAAAUGAGUUUUCUUAUCGUCCCGUACAAAAGUGAUUUGCGACAGAUUAACAGGGAAAUGGGUCAGAUGAUCUGUUUAAUUAGGUUUAAAUGACAUUGGGCAAAAAAAAAGUUAGGAGAGGUAGAGAGGAAAAGCAGUUGUUGUAGAUUGCACUUUGCAAUUCUAUUCAUUGCUAAAUAAUAAUAAAGCUUAAGUUAGAAGUGUUAGGUAAUUUAUUGUAACUGCUCAUAUCAUCCCCAGUGGUGUUGUGAAAUGCAUUUUAGUGUUAUAAA